CAGACACACACUCCUGCCCACUAGAGACUUGUUAAAUCCGCAAGAAAACUCCAAACAGGCAUCAGAGCGGUCGCUUAAUCCGAUCGAUGCAGGCGCAAACAUCACGCGUAAACCUGUAGGGAACUACCGCGCACCGGAGAGGACAACUUUUGGGUUUUCCGUGCAGUUGCUGUAGUUUUCAUUACUAUCUAUAAACCCGAAGGAGUUUUUUAAAGAAGCACCAUCUCCUAGAAGACUUCCCAUUCUGAGAGAAUGAGGCAGUGUAGAUGCUGCAGCUUGGUGCUGAUGCUGUUGGGUUUGGGCUCUUUGGCCCAGAAGCUGCCUACGAGGGAUGAAGGGCUCUUUCAGAUGCAGAUCAGGGACAAAUCGUUGUUCCACGACUCUUCCGUCAUACCAGACGGAGCUGAGAUCAGCGGUUACCUCUUCAGAGACACGCCAAAAAGGUACUACUUUGUGGUGGAGGAAGACAACACACCCCUGUCUGUGACAGUGACACCCUGUGAUGCUCCUCUGGAGUGGAGACUCACCCUGCAGGAGCUGCCCGAGGAGUCCAGUGGAGAGGGAUCAGGAGAGCCUGAACCUCUUGACCAGCAGAAGCAGCAGGUGACCAUAGACGAGGGCACGGAGCUCUUCACCUACAAGGGUAACGACGUGGAGUCCUACGUGGCAACCAGCACACCCUCUGGUCUCUAUCAGCUGGAGCUGCUGUCCACUGAGAAGGACAGCAACUUCAAGGCGUACACCACCACAACUCCAGAGUCUGACCAACCGUAUCCAGAGCUGCCCUACGACCCCCGUGUGGAUGUGACUGCACUGGGCCGCACCACUGUCACGUUGGCCUGGAAGCCGACGCCCACAAGGCUUCCUGAUGGGGCAGCCUGUUCAGUACUGCGUGUGAUCAACAAGGAGCACAAUUUCAAAAGCAUGUGUGCGGCUGAGGCUAAAAUCAGCGUCGACGAUGCCUUCAUGAUGGCUCCAAAGCCCGGCAGAGACUUUAGCCCAUUUGACUUUGUGCAUUUUGGGUUUGUUCCAUCUGACAAUGGUUUUGGCAAGGACAUGGCCUUAUGAGUAACAAAGAUCUCACGCGCGUACACAGCCAAACCCAAAACAUCAGACACUCAGAAGUUAUGCAUUGGAAACAAAAACAUUUUCACCGUGUCAGACCUUAAACCAGACACGCAGUACUACUUUGGUUUUGCCGUGAAUUCUGCCACCAACACCAGCACGGCGUGUGGAACCUUUGCUCGCACCAAAGAGGAAGCACGUCAGAAGACGCAGGAGCUGAAGGACGGCAAAGUAUUGGAUGUGUUCAUCAAAAGAAAGGGCACAAAGUUCCUCCGUUUCGCCCCCGUGUCCUCCCACCAGAGGGUCACUCUGUUCGUCCACUCGUGUCUGGAUGCCGUGCAGGUGCAGGUCAGGCGAGAUGGCAAGUUGCUGCUCUCCCAAAAUGUGGAAGGGGUACGGCAGUUCCAGCUGCGAGGAAAGCCAAAAGCCAAGUACCAGAUCCGCCUAAGAGGGAGCCGGAAAGGGGCCUCCACGCUGAAGGUGCUCGCCACACACGGCCCAAGCAAACAGCCUUUCCCAUCUCUUCCGGAGGACACUCGGAUCAAGGCCUUCGACAAACUGCGCACCUGCUCCUCCGCCACAGUGGCCUGGCUGGGCACGCAGGACCGGAACAAAUUUUGCAUUUACCGUAAGGAGGUUGCUGAGAAUUACGGCGAAGAGCAGCGACGCAGGGAGCAAAAUCAAUGCCUGGGCCCAGAGACCCGCAGGAAGUCAGAAAAAGUCCUGUGCAAGUACUUCCACAGCCCGAACCUGCAGAAAGCUGUGACUACAGAAAUCAUCACAGGUCUGGAAGCGGGCAAGACCUAUCUGCUGGACGUUUAUGUGGUGGGACACAGUGGCCACUCAGUGAAAUACCAGAGCAAACUGGUGAAAACAAGGAAAUACUGCUAAAUGACUUUGCAAAGAAUAAAUUUAUUAUAUAAAUAUAUAUAUUUAAAUAAGUUUAUUUAACACUAAGUGAUAUUCUACUAAGAAGUGUACACAGACUGACUACUCGUGCAGCUGUUGGGCCUGUAGCAGUGACUGAACUGUCUGUAGAGAGAGACAUCAACCGUAUAUUUAUGUUUACAUUUCACUGUGGUGCGCCGUGAAUGGCCCAGCGAGAGGAGAGGACUGCUUUGUUACCAGGCUUGUCGUCUUGACAUCAUGUUGCCACUUGGGAGGCAGAACUUCAAGGAAGAUGUGUUUCCUCGUGUGGGUUUUGUUGCUGCAUGACGUCCGCUUUCGUCUUUUAUCUGUCACGUCCGUCGGUGACGAAUCCCAACACCCGGAGGAGAUCCGGUGGCCGCCCGCUUUGUACAGAUCUCUCACUGCAUAUCCAUAACGUGUUCUAGGAGGAACUUAAAUUAUUUUAUACUUUGUGUCUAUCUUUUUGAUUGUCUGUUUUUUGUCAUAUUAUGACAGUAAUAACUGUUGCAAGAAAAAUUCCAGAGGAAGUCGUAGUUCAGACAUUCCCUUCUGUAUCUCAGCCAGUGUUUGCUCUAGAGCCCGCCCCUGUAAAUGUAUUCUGUGCUAGAGAUGUGUGUUAUUAUCACUGUAUCGCUGUGAGUGUGUGUGUGUGUGUGUGUGUGUGUGUGUGUGUGUGUGUGUCACGUGUACAGAGAUGCCCUGCCAAUAUUCCUGUAUAUAAAGCCUAAAUAUAGAGCCAGUAAUCCCGGUGUCA